UCAAGUGUCUCCGGCGGCAGAGCGGCUACGUUACAUCUUGAAUGAAGACGAUGACAUGCCCACGCCGACACUCUUCACUGAGAUGGACACUCUACAGCGAGAAGGAGACGAGCUGGAGUGGAAGGAGUCCGCCAGGUGGGUGAAGUUCGAAGAGAAGGUGGAGGAGGGGGGAGAAAGGUGGAGUAAACCACACGUGUCCACGCUAUCCCUACAUAGCCUUUUUGAGCUCAGGACGUGUCUCCAGGCGGGAACAGUGCUGCUGGACCUGGAAGGCUACUCAAUGCCUCAGAUAGUUGAUGACAUCAUUGAGAGGCAGAUAGAGGAAGGCAUGAUAUCUCCUGAUCUGAGAGAGAAGAUCAGUUUUGUCCUGCUGAGGAAACAUCGACACCAGACCAAGAAGCCAAUCCACCGCUCGCUAGCCGACAUUGGCAAGUCCAGCUCCAAUCGAAAUAUAGGGCCCCGAGGUGGACUGGGUCCAAGGCCAAGUCCGGGGUCAAUGGUCAACGUUAACCGAUCCUCGGAGGACCUCCGAAUGAAACAGCAGCCUGCCAACUAUGGUCGCCUGCGUCACGCCCAGAGUAGGAGUAUGAAUGAUAUUGCAGAUUCUCCCAGCACAGACCAGCUAAAGAAUAAAUUCAUGAAGAAGAUCCCCAGAGAUGCAGAGGCAUCCAACGUCUUGGUGGGUGAAGUGGAUUUCCUUAACAAACCCUUCGUAGCCUUUGUCCGCCUGGCUCAAGCUACAACACUAGGAGGUCUGACCGAGGUCCCUGUUCCCACCAGAUUCCUGUUUAUUCUCUUGGGACCCCAAGGAAAGGCCAAGUCGUAUAAUGAGAUCGGCCGAGCCAUAGCAACCCUAAUGGUGGAUGAUCUCUUCAGUGAUGUAGCUUACAAGGCCAGAGAUCGGGAGGACCUCAUCGCAGGCAUCGAUGAGUUUUUGGAUGAGGUGAUUGUGCUUCCACCUGGAGAAUGGGAUCCCAAAAUCCGCAUUGAGCCACCCAAGAAAGUCACCUCGGCUGACAAAAGGAAGUCAGUGUUUUCCUUAAACGAGCUGGGGCAGAUGAACGGUACAGCUGGGGGAGGAGGAGGAGGCCUGGCUGAGGAUGAGGAAAUGCCAGUGCAACAUGAGCUGGGGGAGGAGCUGGCAUUCACUGGACGCUUCUGCGGUGGUCUGUACCUGGACUUAAAGCGGAAAUUGCCAUGGCUGCCUAGUGAUUUCUAUGAGGGUUUCCACAUUCAGUCCAUCUCCGCUGUGCUCUUCAUCUACUUGGGCUGCAUCACCAACGCCAUCACCUUUGGUGGCCUGCUUGGUGACGCUACCGACAACUACCAGGGUGUGAUGGAGAGUUUCCUGGGUACAGCUCUGGCUGGCUCUGUCUUCUGUCUCUUCAGCGGUCAGCCCCUCAUCAUCCUCAGCUCCACUGGACCCAUCCUCAUCUUUGAAAAGCUCCUGUUUGAAUUCAGCAAGAACAACGACAUAGAUUACAUGGAGCUGCGUCUGUGGAUUGGCAUCCAUUCCUGCCUGCAGUGUUUCCUCCUGGUAGCUACAGAUGCUAGUUACAUCAUCAAGUACAUGACGCGUUUCACUGAGGAGGGCUUCUCCAGCCUCAUCUCCUUCAUCUUCAUCUCUGACGCCAUCAAGAAGAUGGUGGGCUCCUUCAAAUAUUACCCCAUCAACACCGACUUCAAGCCCGACUACGUCACUGCCUACAAGUGCGAAUGCCUGGCCCCAGACCCGAUGGCUGAAAUGAUCUUCAAUGGUUUAGUUCCAAUGCCAGAUAACAGCUCUAGUGUCUCUGGGUUGAAUGUGACAGCUCUGGACUGGAGCCAGCUCAGCAAGAAGGAGUGUGUGCAGUACGGAGGCUCUCUGGUGGGAAAGUCCUGCAAGUAUGUCCCCGAUCUGGCCCUCAUGUCCUUCAUCCUCUUCUUUGGCACCUACUCCAUGACCGUCACCCUCAAGAAGUUCAAGUUCAGCCGCUACUUCCCUACUAAGUUGAGGAAACUCAUCAGUGACUUCUCUAUCUUCAUGUCCAUCAUGACGUUCGUUGGGCUUGAUAUGUUGAUGGGGCUCAAAACCCCUAAGCUGAUCGUCCCCACAGAAUUUAAGCCAACUCGGCCGGAUCGUGGCUGGCUGGUGAUGCCAUUUGGUAAGAACCCUUGGUGGAUUUAUCUGGCCAGCUUUGUCCCCGCCCUCUUGGUCACCAUCCUCAUCUUCAUGGACCAGCAGAUCAGCGCCGUCAUUGUUAACCGCAAGGAGAACAAACUUAAGAAAGGCUGUGGAUACCACCUGGAUCUGUUCUGGGUGGGCGUCCUGAUGGCCGCCUGCUCCUUCAUGGGCCUGCCCUGGUACGUUGCUGCCACUGUCAUCUCCAUCGCCCACAUUGACUCUCUGAAAAUGGAGAGUGAGUCGAGCGCUCCCGGAGAGCAACCUCAGUUCCUCGGGGUCAGAGAACAAAGACUGACAGGCAUUUUGGUGUUUGCUCUCACUGGAGUCUCCAUCUUCCUUGCUCCAGUACUUAAGUUCAUCCCCAUGCCUGUGUUGUACGGUGUCUUCCUCUACAUGGGCGUAGCUUCCCUCAGUGGAAUACAGUUCUGGGACAGGAUUAAGUUGUACAUGAUGCCGUCCAAGCACCAGCCCGACUACUCCUACCUUCGCCAUGUUCCUCUGAGGAAGGUACACCUGUUCACACUGGUCCAGAUCAUAUGUCUGGGUGUGCUCUGGAUCCUCAAAUCCACCUUCCUGGCAAUCGUCUUCCCUGUUAUGAUCCUGGGUCUGAUGGUUGUCCGAAAGAUGCUGGACAUGGUCUUCUCCCAGCAUGACCUGGCCUGGCUGGACGACCUCCUGCCUGAGAAAGAGAAGAAGAAGAAGGACGAAGAUAAGAAGAAGGGGAAGGAAAAGGAGAAAGAGAAAAAGAAACCCAAAUCAGACGACAGCGAGGACGAGGACAAGUGCCACGCCUACUCCAACCACUCACCCAGCUCAGAGUCAGACUUGGAUCGCAGCAUCACCCUCCACCUGAAGAUCUCCUGCCCGUCGUCUCCGGCCAUGCCUAUGGGCCGAGGCAUGGUCUGCCCCGUGCCCCAGGUCAAGAUCGAGAUGGAGUCGGACUACGACUCGGACAUCGACCACCACCGUCCUCGGGACAUGAGCAGUGAGACCACGUUAUAAAGCUGGGACUCGACGUCUUGUUGACAGAACUACGUGCAACCGGGUGUGGGCAAACUACUCCAAGCAGCCAGUGCUGACCCACAGACAGUACAAGGUGGCACAGACCACCAAACUGACACCUUUAACAGACUGAUCCAAUCAAUGCAGUUGGAGAAGCUGCUUUUAAAUUGGUGCAUUUUUGACAGAUUUUGUUUUAAAUAAUAUAUUAAAUACUAAAUGUAUUUACUUGUAUGAUGUAAAUAGCCAUAAUAAGAGAGGAAGUGUUUAUCUGUAUGUGCUGCAUAGGAUAAUAUAUUCAAUGUGAAAAUAUUUAUCUUUAUACAUUCAUAACUAUAUAUUGAUAUUGUACUAUUAAUGCAAUGACUCCAAAUCCAAACUAAUCUUGAAGUCAGUACAAUGUCAAAACGUCUGUACAAUAAUAGAAGAGAGAACAAGCACCAUUUUAGCCACAGAACUAUUUACCAUGAGGAUGUAAAGUCUACUUGACAAAGUCACGCCAUCUACUGUUUGUUAGCCUUUGCAGUAGUGUGCCUCUGAUCCCAGAGAACCAGCUCUCCUUUCCCUGUGUCCCUCCAGUUCAUCACUUCAUAUUGGCACAUUAACCUGGAACAAAAAGAAACAACCAAAAAGUCCUGAUGUUCUGAUGUUGCUGAAAACGAUUUAUUAUGCCAGAUGUAGCGUACAGGUUUAUAUUUGUGUUUUUACUCUCAAAAUCUUUCC